AUGGUGGUUUUGGCUACGCAGAUGAUUGGAAGCAAAAAAGUAAUUGCAAACCGAAAUGGUGCUUAUAGCACAGAUUUGGUUGAACCAGAAAUUUUUGGAAUACGCGUUGUCGACAUUGGUAAAAUAAAAGGAUUUGUCGCUUACUCAGAAACUGGUAUUACUAUCGUACAUCCAGAUAUUAAAGUGCGAGUGAAUGUUUUUGGUUAUAAUUUGGACAAAAUCAACCUGAUCACGCUAACAACAGAAAAUUGCUUUAACUCGGCUAUCUAUGUAACAGUUCAAGACUUUGUGGUGCAUAAAAAAGAUAGAAUUGACUUCGACGUUUCUUUCGCUGAGUCUGAAGAACCAUACCAAAUAUGUUACGAAGAACGAUCAUAUAGUCAGUUUGAAGAUAAAGUAGAUGAUAUUAAAACAUGGAUUACCACAGAGUUGAUAUCAGAAAAGGAUCAUAUUCUUCCGUUGUAUGUUCAAGUAACAAUUUUGUUGGUAUUGUUCUGCUUAUCAGCACUUAUGUCCGGGCUAAAUCUCGGCCUUAUGGCUUUAACGCCGCAAGAACUGCAACUGAUUAAACAGUCUGGUUCUAAAGAGGAACAACAGUACGCGGAAGCGAUUUUACCAGUACGUAGAAAAGGCAACUAUCUGUUGUGCACUAUUUUGAUCAUGAAUGUGGUGGUCAAUGCUGCCAUCGCAAUAUUUUUAGAGGAUAUUACCGAUGGAAUGCUUGCUUUCAUCAUUUCAUCCGCUGGAAUUGUGGUUGUCGGCGAAAUAAUACCACAAAGCAUCUGCAUAAAAAAAGGGCUUGCUGUUGGCGCGCAUACCAUUUGGUUGACAAGAGCUUUUAUGUUUAUUACUUACCCUUUGUCAUACCCAAUCAGUUUGCUGCUAGAUUUCUUCAUUGGUGAAAACAUGCCCGUAUACGAUCGGAAUAAACUGAUUCAACUGAUGAAAAUGACUGGUAGUCAAGAAGAUAAUGAGUUGCAUAGCGAUCUCAAAAUUGCUGUUGGUGGAAUGGAAAUUUAUCAAAAAACUGUUGGAGAAAUUUUAACAAAAAUUGAGGAUGUUUUCAUGCUGUCAGAAGAUACACAGCUGAACGCUACUAACAUUGCAGAAAUACUUCGUCAUGGUUAUACACGGAUUCCGGUCUACAGUGGGGAAGAUCGCAAUAACGUUGUAUCACUUUUGUUGAUUAGAGAUCUUGCCCUAAUUGAUCCGAAUGACAAUUUUACGGUCAAAAAUGUCUGCGAGUACCAUCGUUAUCCGUUACGUUUCGUUGACGAAACUGAACUGUUACACUCGUUACUCGAGGAAUUCAAAAAGGGAAACUAUCAUUUGGCAAUAGUCGUAAAACAUCGAAAAAGUAGCAAUUUAUCUGAGCAAAGAGAACUUCUUGGUAUUGUGACACUUGAAGACAUCAUCGAAGAAAUUCUACAAGCCGAAAUUGUUGAUGAAACAGACACUAUCAUCGACAAUGUUCAUCGUUCCAAAAGAAAAGGCAUCAAGGAGCCACACAUUGCAGAGAUGUUGUCAAAUGAAGUGACUUACAAAGAACUGUCUAUCCAAAUGGAAGCGCAAGCAAUUCGCUAUUUGAGAGAACAAACUGCGCUUUUUUCUGAAGCAUAUUUGGAGGAUAAAGCUCUAUCAUUGCUUCUUAGGAAAAAUAUUAAACAAGUAGAUGUUACCCGCGUACAACUGGUAGAUGGGAUUUUAAAUGAGACUACUGGAGUUGGUCUGAUAACAAAAGGAACGCCCUCCAACAGAUUUAUUGUUAUUAUUGAAGGCGAAGCAGUUGUAGAAAUUAAAAAUAUGAAAUUUGAUGUUGGUCCUUGGACUUCUUUUGGAAUAGAAGUGCUUCAACAACUUGAAGAAAUUUUAAAAUUCGAUUUUUGCAAAGAUUAUAGUUGUGGGUUGAUUGGACCUAAUUCAAACUUGAUGAAAUCUAUAAAAUUUGUCCCAGAUUUUACGUUACGUGUGUCAGGAUUUUGUCGUUUCGUUCAAAUUACUCCUGCAUCUUACAUUAACGCAUAUCAAGUGACAAGGAUCGCUCGAAAUACACGGAAUGGUGAGUCUUUAGAAGCAUAUUCAAAGUUGCUUCAUUUAACAAUGGAUGUUCCGCGCGGUCGUGGAUUUUCCGACACUCAGUUACCUCAUUUGGAAAAGAUUAAAGAGUUUAAUCUUGUACAACGAUGGAAGAACACCCGCGAUGAAGAACGGUCUGGUGGCAAAAUAAGUUAUCCAUAA